UUCAAUAAUAUUCAAAUUAUAGAGCAAGAUAGGUACAAGAAGCAGGAGAUACAUCCCACGUAGAAUCAUGACUAAACCACCCAGUGAGAAUCUGCCCACUGUAAAAUUGGUGGUAGUCGGUGAUGGUGGGGUGGGAAAAAGUGCCAUUACCAUCCAGUUCUUUCAAAAAUUGUUUGUCACUGAUUAUGACCCAACAAUAGAAGACAGUUACAUGCAGCAUGUUGAAGUUGAUGGACAGUGGUGUAUGCUGGAUGUGUUGGACACUGCUGGUCAAGAAGAAUUCAGUGCUAUGAGAGAGCAGUAUAUGAGAAAAGGUGAUGGAUUCCUACUUGUGUAUUCUGUUACAGAUACUAAUAGUUAUGCCAAUAUUACUCAUUUUCAUACACAAAUUUUGAGAGUCAAAGACAGAGACACUUAUCCAAUGCUUUUGGUAGCCAACAAAGUAGAUCUGGUUCAUUUGAGGAAGAUAACUGAAGAACAAGGUAGAGAACUUGCUCACAAACUGGGCAUUCCAUAUAUUGAAACCAGUGCAAAAGAUCCUCCUUUGAAUAUAGAUGCAACUUUUCAUGAGGUGGUAAGAAUAAUAAGAAAUCAACCCCAAAAUGAUAAUGAGAAACGAAAAAAGAAGAAACUCCAUAAACUGGGCAAAUGCACCCUUUUAUAGAUUUAUAUAUGUUGAGAUGUUGAGUUUUUAAAGCAUUUUUAUAUGUUAUAUUAGCCUAAAUGUAUACAGCUUUAAGGUUAAAAAGUGUUCAAUGUUAUGUGUC